CCGGGGAAGGCGGCGGCAGCGGCGGCGGCUCCUCCUCGGGGACUCGGGCCUCGGCGGUGAGGGAGGAGGAGGUAGGAGGAGGCCCGGGCGGGAGCGGCUGCAGACUGAAGACUGAAAUCCAGAGGAAGAGAGGUGUGUAACGACAGCUCGAAGAAAAUGAACGGCACACUAGAUCACCCGGACCAACCUGACCUCGACGCCAUCAAGAUGUUUGUAGGCCAGGUUCCACGGAGCUGGUCUGAGAAGGAUCUGAGGGAACUCUUUGAACAGUAUGGUGCUGUCUAUGAAAUCAAUGUCCUGCGUGACAGGAGCCAAAACCCUCCUCAGAGCAAAGGGUGCUGUUUUGUUACAUUUUACACCCGUAAAGCUGCACUAGAAGCACAGAAUGCUCUUCACAAUAUGAAGGUCCUUCCAGGGAUGCAUCAUCCCAUACAGAUGAAACCAGCCGACAGCGAGAAGAACAAUGCAGUGGAAGACAGGAAGCUGUUUAUCGGUAUGAUUUCCAAGAAGUGCAAUGAAAACGAUAUCCGAGUCAUGUUCUCUUCCUUCGGCCAAAUAGAAGAAUGCAGAAUAUUACGCGGUCCCGAUGGCCUGAGCAGAGGCUGUGCGUUCGUGACGUUUACGACGCGCUCCAUGGCCCAGACAGCCAUCAAAGCAAUGCACCAGGCUCAGACUAUGGAGGGCUGCUCGUCACCCAUCGUGGUGAAGUUUGCCGAUACCCAGAAGGACAAAGAACAGAAGAGAAUGGCCCAGCAGCUUCAGCAACAGAUGCAGCAGAUCAGUGCCGCGUCCGUGUGGGGAAAUCUGGCUGGGCUGAACACCCUCGGACCCCAGUAUUUAGCACUUUAUUUGCAGCUCCUUCAGCAGACUGCCUCCUCUGGGAACCUCAACACCUUGAGCAGCCUCCACCCAAUGGGAGGGUUGAAUGCCAUGCAAUUGCAGAACCUGGCCGCAUUAGCCGCCGCAGCCAGCGCAGCCCAGAAUACACCAAGCGGUACCAGUGCUCUCACUACGUCCAGCAGCCCCCUCAGCGUCCUCACCAGUUCCGCAGGAUCCUCACCCAGCUCCAGCAGCAGCAACUCCGUCAACCCAAUGGCCUCCCUCGGAGCAUUACAGACGCUGGCUGGGGCAACCGCCGGCCUCAAUGUCGGCUCUUUAGCAGGGAUGGCCGCCUUGAACGGCGGCCUGGGCAGCGGUGGCCUCUCAAAUGGCACCGGCAGUACGAUGGAGGCUCUCACUCAGGCCUACUCGGGGAUCCAGCAGUACGCUGCCGCGGCGCUGCCCACGCUGUAUAACCAGAGCCUGUUGACACAACAGAGUAUCGGGGCCGCAGGAAGUCAGAAGGAAGGUCCAGAAGGAGCCAACCUUUUCAUCUACCACUUACCCCAGGAGUUUGGAGACCAGGACUUGCUGCAGAUGUUCAUGCCUUUUGGAAACGUCGUCUCGGCCAAGGUUUUCAUCGACAAGCAAACCAACCUGAGCAAGUGUUUUGGCUUUGUGAGUUAUGACAAUCCUGUUUCAGCACAAGCUGCCAUCCAAUCAAUGAACGGCUUUCAGAUUGGUAUGAAACGACUCAAAGUGCAGCUCAAGCGUUCGAAGAACGACAGCAAGCCCUACUGAACGUGCUCCCCUCUGGGACUGGGAGAGGGUCUUCUGGUAAGUGGGGAAGGCGGAGCACCCUUAAAUGAUUCGAAGCCCUAAGGCUGCGUGGUUCCAGCCCCGGACCCUGAUUUUUUGGCCACUCUUGCUGGCACAGCUUGCCCUGAAGACUCAGCUACCCGCCUCCCGUUGGGAGUCCGGCUUCGUGUGGAGGACGAGUUUAUGCUUUGGUUUCCAGUGUUUUACUUUGGAGUUUAGGUGCCAUACCGCUGAGGUUUUUUCGUUUUGGGUUUGUUUUUUUUUUUUGGUGGUUUGUUUGGUUUUUUUUAAUUUGUUUCUUUGGUUAUUUCCCUCCCCCGCCCUUAUUCGAAGUUUGCAGUGUUUGUAACCAAUGUGCGUUGAGAAGGACCAACACCAAACCGCCUUGGGAGAGGGAGAGAGAGGGUUGGGGGUGGAGAGGCAAAGAAGGAGAAUCCAAGUUGCUGCAGGGGAGGGAGCAGAGCUAAGGAAAACUAUCCUCAGCCAAAGGACAAGGGAUGGAGCAGAGCCGGCCCCUGAACCGCGUAGGGGGCCCGACCGACAGCCCGGACGGUGGAGGGGGGCGUGAGGAGGAGGAGGGAGAGGCCGGCUGGCCGGGCAUGGAGAACGGAUCGACUCUGGGAGGUGGAGGGCACGUCAGCUGGCACCCAGGUGUCCCGUUUUCACUUGUUGUCUUUUGGCAAAGUCUCCUAGCGGGCGUGACGGAAAAGGACAGAGAGGAGUUUCCCAUCUUCCGCCUAAAUUUGGGAAUCCCCGCCCCCUCUUUCUGACUUCCUCUCCUUAGGAGAGGCCAGUGGUUUCUAGGCAUCGAAGCCCCUGCUAAAUUAAUCAGAAAUAGGCAAAAGUGAAUGUUUCCCCAGCUCUCAGAUUCCUCAGAUCCAGAAGCGUGGAUGUACUCUCUCCAAAUUCCAUUCUUGUUCGCAGCAGACUGUCAAAAUGGCCACCCCCCGGACAGUGCUCUAAAAGUAGGUAAUGGCUCAUGUCUAACGGGUCCCUCCAAGAGGAGGCCUUUUGAGGCAGGGGGCCACCUGGUCUUUUUAACGAUUCACCCCUCUGUAGCCAGAAACGGCAAGGUGAAUCUCUUCUGUCCUGUGUCUGUUUUCCUCAAGAGUAACUGAAUGAGGCCCUGGCAGGGGAGUGUCUGCACCAGCCAAAGCAGACGAUCAAGUAUUCUCCUUUGGUGUCCCGCCUCCCGGGCCCUUUAUUCCCCUGACAAUGGCCAGUGCCUAAUAAGUAUUUCAAAGGAAAGAAAAACCCACAUUUGCACACUGGGUAAUGACUUUCCGUAGUAUUUCCCCGGGGAAUCUGGGCUCCGGCCCCGCCCAGGCCGACUUGGGCCUCGCACGUCACGGGAGCCGCCGGGAGCAUCUUGCCCCUCGCACCCAAGAAGCCCCCUCGCUGUUGCCCGGGGAACGUUUACAGUCGCCAUUUGUGUCGAGUCGUCCCCUUUUCAUUUACCUCAAUUUUAUCCUGUCCAUUUCUUGUCCUUUGUGCUAAGAGUAUCUCGGCCGCCUCCCCCGGGCCUGGGACCCCGCCCGGCCUCGGGCCUCUGCCUCCUCUUCGGGAAGCAGCGUGGGGAACUGGGAGCGUGAAGGAAAAUAGCGAUCGAAACCCGGUGUCCCGGGGGAGAAGGCGAUCCUGUCGAAAUUGUGGGGCGAGUAUUAGCGGGAUCCAGGGCCUGGGUCCCCCUGGAAUCUCAAGCCUCGGAAGGACUGGUCCCGGCCCGUAAUGUCAGAAGAGGGAGCUUGGCGAUCGGCAGGGCAGAGGAGCCCUCGGGGCCACCCGGUCUGCGAGGCGGUGGGCAGACGGGGCGGAUUCUGUGUCUCGCUAUUUUACGGCAGUCGGUGGGCACAGUUAGAAUGGGAGGAGAAAAUGUCGUUCGUCGGUUUCGGGGGCGCCUGCGAGCCUUCUCACAGUGAUCGCUCGGGACCGUGUCCUCUAUCGAAGUUUGUGACACACACCUUAUUUAGGCUGAACCACGUAAACUUGAAUUCUGCGCACUGGGAGAAACGUGUCCUGGUUUUCAGAGGAGAAACCGUUCCAAAGGCUUCCAGGGUCAUGAUGGAAUUUUUUUUUUUAAUAAAUAAAAAAAUGAUGAUAAAAAAUAGAAAAGCAAGGUUGGGAGGCACUGCUCCAAAUCCUAACCUGCUGGAACUGAGAAUGUUAUUUCUAUUUUUAUAGAAGUUUUAUACAGCUCCAGGGUGGAGACUAUUUAUUACCUAAAUUAUAUCUCUGGAAAAGGCCAGGAUUUUGUCGAAUCCAGAAUGUGAUUGUGUUAGACACACAGGAUGCUGUGUACCGAUCGAAACUACUGACUGUCAGCGGCCUCUUCGCAGCCCACCUUAUCCGCCAGAGGGGGAAGAAUUAAUGCUGUGAACUGGCGGGAGGAGAGAGAGCUGUGCUCCACAGGGUGCUGUAGUUCGCUCUUGUCUGGGACCCUCCAGGCCGCUUCCCUCUCUCCCAGCCACCAUUCAGCCAUCCAGAGCCCUCCGCCACAACGCCCAGACUGGAUAGGCCUGCAGCUCUGCCUCGCCUAGUGUGAUUAAUCUUGCCUGUGGUGCGCUCUGUGUGCGUGUGUUUGCGUGCGUGUAUGCCUGUCUUCCCUACAGACGGCUCAGAGGAAAGGCGUGCUCUUCCCCCGCCCCCCAACCCCUCCCCGACCUCUCAGUGCUGAACGUAUUCUCCCUCCUCCCUCGGAGGAGAACAUGCCCGACGCUCUGGGCCAGCUCCGGAGCUGGUCGCCGGCCAACGUCCCCUCGCCCCCAGAUCGGCGACCGGGCCUGCCAGCGUAGCUCUGAGCACAGCUCUCUCUCCCCAGCCCGGGGUGAGGGCAGAGGAUGGGUCGGGUGAAGAAACCUCCCCCCCACUCAAGGCUGCCGGGUGAAAGGACUUAGAGAGUGGUACCUCGCAGUCGAGUCUUAAAAAAAAAAAACCUCCUUACCUUGCGUGGGGUUUGCACUUCUGCUGUGUUGUCUGCUGUAGUCUGUUUCCUGGUUCCAUCUGAAAUCGGUUGCUCUCGGAAGCGAGAAAGUCCCCACCUCCUGGUUUCCAAAGGACGGCGGGGCCCGUCCAGAAGCCCUGAGCUUGGAUUUCCUCUAACAGAAGCACUUUGACACAGGGAGAGGAGAAACAAUUCACAACACCCAACCUCCAGUGCGUUUUCCCCCACCCCCCACCAACACCUUGGGCCAGCUUUCUUUCUAUCAGGGUUUUGGUUCGCGGGGCGGGGGGGUUCCUUUAACCAGUGAGGGGGGGAGGCUGAAGGUUUCCUCGAAGCAGUGACCUCUGCCCCCCGCCCUCCACCCCUGGCAGAGCUUGCAACCGCUAUAGACAGGGUCAAUAGGGAAAUCCAGGCUUUGGGUUUCAUUCGGUCUCUGGCAGUUUGAUGUCUUCUCGGUGUCCUCCAUGUACUUCGACUUUUACCUGUGUCCAUCGUAAGCAUGUGCAAAAGUUCCCUGUCACCUCCCUUCCCCCAAGCGGUUUCCUCGUUUCAGGGCUGUUGAGACAGUGAGUGUCCCUGUUCUCUCUCUCUCUGUUUGGAUGUAUUGCUCUGUGUAACUCAGUGGGUCUCCCUCUUUCUGGUUUGUUUUUUUUUCUAGAUUCCUGCCGUUUGUUCAUCGUUGUGCCUAAAGCAUGUCGAUGUGGCGUCAAGUACAUCGUCCAAAUCCUUGUCUCUUCAGCUUCUCUGAUGCUUGAACUCUCACCUUUGACCUUGUGUUGACCUUUGAUGCUGAUGUGUAUUUUUUUUAUUAUGUUUGUUUCUUUCUUUGUUUUUUCUUUAGUUUUUUUUUUUUUUUUGUGCUGCCAAAUUGGUUUUGCUAGAACGACUGCUGAAGGGGAAAUAUUUAAACUCGCAUUUGAAUAUAAAAAAAAAAUCUAUUUUUCUAGAACUUCAUAAGAUAACCACUUGAUUUUGUGAUUCCAAUUCUUUGUAAUUGUCUUCAGAGCAGCCCUACUAGCACAUGCCUUGUGGUGUUUGUAUUUCUGUGAACACACAGCCAGUCCGUUUCUAGGCUUCGUUUUUCUGUGUGCUUAGUUUUAAAACAGAACUUUGAAGUAAACAAUUAAAUAAAAGUUGUGACUAAACUCUGAGGCUCCUGAGCACAUUUUGCUGAUCUAGUUUCUGGGGCUUGAGGAGACAGCAUGAAUAUUUUUUUUUUUCCUGAGUUCUCAACUACAGAAAACUCUCAAACUCCCAAUUGCCUUUUUUUUUUUUUGAGAGCGAGCAACAACUUUAGCCUGGCCCUGCUAAGGAAAAAAAAAAAUUGUUCUCCCCGUGUGGUUCACCUCCUUCCGGGCGGGGGGGAUCCAAGGUGAUGUCCUGUUUCGUUAAUUCCCAUGCUUGUUUCUACAAUCUCCUCAGCAAAAUGUGAUGCUUUGGUUUUUCUUUCCAACUCAAAGAAUGCCCAGAAAACCCAAAUUUUGCAUGUUUCCUGCUGUUUUCUUCACACCUUCGUAUAUAUAUCACCUCCACCUCUCUGUUUUCUAUAGUUUGUGCAAAAACUGACCGAUUAAGGGGUUUCAAAGAAGCUGUUUUAAAUUGUUGUGGGGUUGACUUUUUUUUGUGUGGUUGUUUUUUUUUUCUUUUUAAAGUUUUGUUUUUAUCCUUGAUGUGGCAAACUUCUUCUUAGUCGCCCUAGGGUGUCUGCCUGUGCACUUAAACUUUUACCUGAUGUGGCCGUCAGGCCUACAAAGGGCUCCCAGGAGGCCGGCUGCACUUGUCAAAUAGGGAUUGUUGCGAGGGGAGCGGGAAAGGGGGGGCCGUCCAGGGGAGAGCGAGGGAGAGGAAGCGCACCCCGGAAAGUCGGUGCGGGUAGGUGGGUGAGAGAAGCUUUCCGCGGGGCCGCCCCCAAAGGCCGCCGGCGCGGAGGACCCUCCGGAAUCUUUUCGUUUCCGUUGGCCUCCGCCGUCCGUGUGUCACCGGUAAGGUUCCGGCGAGCUCGCUGACACCCCGAGGGCAGAGGGAGCGAUUGCCCUUCCCGACCGGUCGGAGAAGGAGAGAAGCUGGAAACGCGGUCCGACAGCAGCUGCUGGCUCUCUUCCCAGCUAACAAGCACAAUACAACGGUCUCUACACUGUUUACAGACCCGGGUGCCGUGCCGGCGACUCACUGGGCUAAUCUCUCACUGAGAGAGUAUUUGGGGUUUUUUGUAAUUUUUUGUUGUUGUUGUUGUUGUUCUAAAAUCGGGUGAAGAGCCAAGCAGCCGCUGUCCCUGUCCUUCAGGACCCGGGGAAGGCCACGCCGUCGGGUGCAGCCAGCUCCCUCCCGCCCGGGCCAGAGUUUCCGCCGGGCAGCCGCACUGCCACGGGGACUGGCGGUGGUGGGGAGGGGACCGCUACGGGAGGAAUGUGGGCUGGUAAAGGAGAAGACCACCCCCUCACGACUCCCGUGUCCCCAUCGGUGGGAGCGGGGAGGUCCAGGGAGUCAGAGAUUCAAAAGCUUGAGAGAAUGACCCAUCACUGGGAGAUGGGAGAAGGGUGUGGGCGGGGCGUUCAGUCUGAGGGACUCCGAGUCGCUGAGAGACGGAGGGAAGGAGCCCGAGUCGUGGAAGUUGGGGAGAGGAGCUAGAGCCGUGCCCCGAUUCCCCGGGGAGGGUGAAGACGGCGUCAGCCUGAGCCCUACCGGCAGGCGAAGGGGAGACCUCUCCGUGAGGAUUUCCAUCUGGGGAGCCAGUUAGUCGAGGGGGCACGCCGGGGGCCUCACGUUACCGGAAGCAGAGGGGGACCGGGGGCGGACCGACCUGCUCGGCCCUCGGCGGCCUGCUUAUUUUCAGGGAAGGGGUUGGUGGGUGGAAAGAGGCCAGAAGCCCCUGGUGGGAAGACUACUGCGAGCACCUCGGUCUUGAACGCACAGGGCCGCCGCCGCCGGCAGAAGGCACCGAGAUGCCCCCUGUCCGGGUGUCGAGAAGGGGUGUUGGGCCGAUGCGUUCUCUUUCCGAUUCCAAGAGGAGCUCUGGGAAAACCUGUGGAUUAAACCAAAAUGCCAAACGUUGGAUGUUGUUUCCUUUUCCUUUUCUCUCUUCGGUUGUUUUAAUUGUUCCGUGGUGGUUUUAAUGGAUUUGAGACCCUGGAGCGGCAGCUGCCUUUAUGAUUUCCAGCUGCUUUUUGUGAAUAAUUUAAAAAGGAAAAAAAAAGAAACUUUACAUUUUGGAAACAAACCUGUGUGAGUUUUUUAUUGGUACAAACGUUGUAUUUAACACUAGGGGUUUUGUACAGUUUUUUGCCUUUUCUACUAGAAAACAAUGUAAAGUGAUUUCACAAUGUGAAGAGAAAAAAAAAAUUGCCACUAUGACCAAACGUACAGUCUGUUCUGCAGCAACAAUGGGAUUCAAUCAACUCAGUCAUGAUUCAGUCGUAGAAAUGCUUUUUCCUUUACCUUGUUUGAGCUUUUCCUUUUAUUUUUCCUGUUUGAUUUGCAAAAGAAAAUGUCUCUUUUGUGUGAAAUUGUGUUGUACUCUGUAGAAAAUUAUGGAUUUUACUUUAAUGGUUCAAAAAGAAAAAAAAGGCACAAGAAGAGCAUCUGUUGCUGUUUUGACCUGAUCGCAGAGUUCGUGUAGUGGAUUUCAAAACGAAAAAUGAUUUGUUACAAGUUUGGAACGAGCGCGUAUGUGUUUAAAAGGAAUUUCCUUCCUUUGUGUGUUUUUCUUUUUGUCCCAAUGGGGAACUUAAAGCUGUUUUAAUUGCACAGACACACAGACAAAAAGUCAUUUUGUAUCUGCCAAGUGUGAUACCUUCCCUUGUUUAUUUGCUAUUAAACUGUUUGAGAAGA